AUGAUACGACGAACCUUCUGCUGCCUUCUUACUAUUUACCUCACACAGAACUCCAGAGCCUCAUACUGUGGGCAGGCCGCAAUCCCAUUCACAUUUCAGCUCUGCAACGAAAUUGCGUUAACGUCCAAACAUUUGAUCUAUUUUGUGCAGGUCCUCCACAGCGGCUUACCGGUAUUGGGUUGUGCUCGACCGAACUGCUUUGGAUGGAACGCCAAUGGCACCCGAGCCGAUGAAACAGCUCAGUUUUACAGGAUCAAUGGUAAAGAAGAUGGUUACUUGAGACGUUCUGAUCAAAUAAAUCGCUCACCGUUCCGUAACCAAGACAUGGUAGCUCGAGUUGCGAAAUGCGAAGAAACUUAUUCAAAGCAAGGAUGCGUGGCAGGGCAAUGGAUAGGUGGAAUCGCUCCUAAGAGCCUUACACGUAGCUCCGAUUUGCAGGUGCGGUGUUGUUGGUAUGCCCCACUGCUUGAAUCGGAAGAUCGAGGUGUAGCCAUGGUGUCAAACGGUCAAUUAGUUGUUGGUGGCGAAGUGAUGGAUGGUGAAGUACUCGAUGGUUUCGACUAUAUUGCCGAUAUCAAAUCUGAAGGAAUCAAAAACGGCAAGUAG